AAACGAUUAUGCAUUUUUGACAGGUUAAGUUUACAUUGUGAAUUAUGGACGAUUUUUGAACUUUACAGACAUUGCUAAUUCGCAAAAUUAAAACAUUGUAAUUACAAUAAAAUAAUGUUAAAAUGAAUCAAUUACAAUAAAAUAUUAAAUAAGACAUACUACCUUAAAAAUUGAAAUUAUUUAUUACACAGAUUUCUCAUUGUUUUCUUUUCCAUUUUUAUCAAACGUCAUUUUUAAUUUUGCAAUUUUCAAAGCCUUCUAUAGUAUCGUCAAAAAGUUGCGACUUUAAUCAAUAAAGAAGAAAUACUUAAUGAGCCCUCAAAAAAUCAGAAUAUCUACAACACUCAAAUGAUAAUUGUUUUCAAUAAUAAAACACUAUUAUAAAAACAUAUGAAUCUAAAAUCAAUAUGACAUGCUAGGUUGGUCACAGUGGAUUUAACCUCUGCCGUCUGCCUUGUAUCAAAAGUUCUUCAUUUCAAUAAAAUGGCAUCGAAACAAUUUUUCACAACCGUGAGGUCUCUCUCCACUACGGCUGCCAAUAACCAACUCGUCAAGCCUCCCGUACAAGUUUUUGGUUUGGAGGGUCGUUAUGCCUGUGCCCUCUACUCUGCUGGAGUCAAGUCCAAGCAGCUCGAAGCCAUUGAGAAGGACCUCAACACAUUGCAGGCGUCUUUCAAGACCAACAAAAAACUCGAAGAUUUUUUCCUGAACCCUGUCCUGCAGAGGCAAGCCAAAGCUAAUGCCAUCAACGACAUCUGUGAAAAGAGCAAAUUUUCGUCCGGUGCCACCAAUCUGUUAGUUGCUCUUGCUGAGAACGGACGCCUAAAGAAAUUGAACCCAGUCAUCAAUGCAUUCAAGACGAUUAUGUCGGCACACCGUGGAGAUUUGCCAUGUGAAGUCAUUGCUGCUAAGCCCCUGGAUGACCAGACCAUCAAGGCCCUCCAAGGAGUGCUGAAGGCUUUUGCCAAGAAAGGCGAGAACGUCAUCCUAGAAGUGAAGGUUGACCCCUCCAUCAUUGGAGGCCUCAUUGUCAGCAUUGGAGACAAGUACGUCGACAUGAGUAUUGCCAGCAAAGUCAAGAAGUACACAAACCUGCUCCAGGCGGCCGUUUAAGCCCAAUAAUUAUUGUUAAUUUUGUAGUUGAUAUUGUAUGUUAAGAUGAAAAGAUUCAGAGAAAAUAUUGCAACAUGUAAAUCAUUUAUGGAAAGUUUUCGAAAAUUUGUAAAUCCAUUCUGUAUAGAUUUAUGAAUUGAUCUCGUCUCUCUUAAAAUUUAUAAAAAUGUUUAGGUUGGUGAACCACAGCGACCUUUAACAAAAUGCCAUGCUCUAGGGAGAAUGGCAACGUUGCAUAGUAGGUUCAUUCAACUUGUUACCCCGUGUUGAAAGCCGUGGAAUGUCCAACAUGCACUGAGCCAUAGCCAUACCAGCUAACAGCUGAUUUUGAACCUACUGUACAGUGUUGUCCACUCGUUGAGCAUGGCAUUUUCACAUCGUUGUUUACAUUUAAGAAUUGAAGGAGUUAUUCACUUGAUAAAAAUACGAAUUUACAUAGUAUUUACAGCUCUAGUUGAAUUUCUUUUGAAAUAUAGUCGACUGAAUCCAGCUUGAGAGUAAGUUUUGGAAUUGUAAAAUAGAUAACAAUUAUUGAAAAUUGUCUUUUGGUGAGACAUGUUUUCGUAGUAGUAAGUCUGAAAAGUGGGUCUAAAUAAACAGGUUUUUAAAAUGAUUGAA